CUGAAGUCUUUGACGACAGUGUGGGCCUUCCCUCUGUGUCAUUUACAAGUACGUAUUCAGUUACCUUCAAGUUGAGAAUUGCGACCGCGUCGCUCAUUAGUUGAAAAUGGUGCUGCAAUGGCAGAAACAGGACCAGAACUUAUAGUACAGUGCCCGUAUGAGAAGUCUCAUAGAGUGCGGCGGGCUAUAUUCCCUAUGCACCUGGCUAAAUGUGCAAGAGAUGCCAAGUACGCACUUGCUAAAUGCUCAUUUAAUUACACUCAUCAUGUUCGCCAAGAAGAGUUGGAAGAGCAUGAAAAAAAUUGUCCAGAUCGCUACUCCUUUGAGGCGAGUCUUGUACAAAUUAAAGAAGACAAUUACUUGGCAAUACCCUUUGAGCAUAUUGAACUACCACCCAGCACUGAAAACUGGGAUGAUGGUGCCGUCAACCAUUUUAAUCCGAAAGCAGUAACUAAUUCGGAGGAUCGAGAAAAAUUUGUUAUCCGCACCAGGCAUUGCCUUGCUCCAGCUGAGAGGAAAGCUUUCAGAAGUAAGCAAAUUGAAGAAGCUCAACACUUUGAAGAAAAUCAGAAACUUGUGGCACCCCAGCCGACAAUCCCCCCUGGCAACAAGGUGGUACCCCUGUAUGAGCGAUUGAGACGCCCGAUGUCAGCCUCAACCUCGGCUACUUCAAACCAACCUUCUUCUGCUCCUGAUUCUAUCACAAGAUUCUUUAGACAAAAGCAGUCCUUGUCCCCUGCUGCUACUGCAUCGCUAGAUUUAGUCCCUGUCCCCACCAAAGAGGUGUCCAAGGAUCCCACGUCUGUUACUGUGAGCGAGCAGCCCACUUCAGGAUGGUUGUCUACUGGACGAGGAAAAGCGAUUGUUGCUUUAAGGAAUUCAUUGGACAGCCAUGUGUUGCCUGUUGGAUUUGGACGUGGCAAAAAUGUUUGUUUUAUGUGAUUUUUCAAUUGUAGAUUUAUUCAUUUGACUACAUGGCUGACUAUUUUUUUUUUUUUUUUACGUAUCUAACCAGUGUGUGUUUAUGUUACUUUUCUUUUCUAAUUCUGUCAAUAUGUUUGUUUCUACUUGUUGUCCUUCCUGUUUAUGAAUGAAUAAAUAAGAAAUGACGCCAA